AUGCUGGCCUUAGGGCUCAUUGGCGCAGUCGCCUUGUCCAUAUUUUUCCGAAUCUUUGUCAGCUCUUCUCGACAUAAAUCCGCUUCUGCUCGCACUUCGAAAAAGAGUCGUGACGCUCAAUCUCGUGUAGAGUCAGCUUUAAUCCAGGCUGCCAAAGACAAUUCAAAAGAAGCAACAAAAAAAAUACUUGCAAAUGCUGAUGUUACUUGGAAAUCAGACUUUUCUUGUCAUAUGAAAGAUAAUCGUUGGCACUGCAAUCCUGUGACCAAAGAACACCCCAUCUCAUACGCCGCCACGUUGGGCCAUACUGCAAUUGUUGAUCUUCUCCUGCAUGCCGGAGCGGAUAUUGAAUACAAGGACAGCACGGGCCAAACACCUCUUGUACUAGCUGCUAAAGGAAAUCAUCUUCAGACUUGUUGUCUUUUAGUGGCGCGUGGGGCAGAUAUACAGGCACACGGCAUUCAUGAGUCCAAGGGCGUGCCAUCUAGAACGGCGAUUUCAUUUGCAUGGCUGAAUAAGAACGAAAAGAUACUCGAUCUUUUUCUCCAGUCCCUGCAAGAGAAUGCCGGCAAGCGAUCGGUCGAGUAUAUCAAGGGUGCUCUCGCCACUUUCAUGUGCCAUGCGGCUAUUCGGAAUGAUCUGCAGCGAAUGAAAUAUCUUAUCUCUCUCGGUGCAGAUGUGAACAACCAAAGGUCCGAAUCAACUACUACAGUGCUGUGUAUUGCAGCCCGUCAUGCCGAUUUAGAAACGGUCAAAUUCCUGCUUAUAGCCGGAGCGAACCCGAAUGCGACGGUUGAGCGUCGGUCAAGUCCAACCAAGGGUAAUAUCACCGGCGCGACUACGCCAUUGGAAUCUGCUGUUGUGAAUAAGGAGUAUAGCAAGGAGAUUGCUCAACUACUGAUUAGGAGUGGGGCGGUUCCAACAAGAAGUGAUCUAGAGUUUGCCCAAGCGCAUGGGAGUCCAGAGGUCAUCAAAAUGCUGGAAAGCAAAUUCCAUAAUUGA